AUGGACCUGUUUGCACCAUGUUUGUUGGGUUUAGGCUGGCCUGACACAAUUGAUAGAAUGAAUAGGACAGAUGAGCCAGUUGAGAUCGCAUAUCCUGCCAGAAGAUCUGCCUCACCAGAAUGUGUCCAGCUUUUAACAUGUUGCAAGCACACCGUGGUGAAGCACGGAUGCGAUGACAAUGCCAGGGGGAGGUCGGACUGUUCAAAAGAUGCCCAAAGCAAGCCAGUUCUCAGUGCGCCCUCUGCCAGUUGCAUGUUUGCCAUGACUGAUAAGAUAUUUUGCUUGGUUAUUGCUGUGACAAAUGAGCAAGCACUGCCAUUCAUCCUCCCCAAAGGUGCAUCGGCGCGACUGUUGCUGUUAGGAAACGGAAUCAAAGAAAUUUCUUGA